AUGGAAGACCCAUUGUCAUGGAUUCUCCGGGAGUGCGCCUCUACCCCGAUCGCAUACCCACGAAUCCUACCAUGCGUCGCGGAGCUUCUACGCACAGGCUACCACCCGCCCGAGCUCAUCUUACGCGUUGAACGCGUGAUUGAAGUCCCUAUCAUACUUUCACGGUCUCGCGUCGACGACGAUACGUGCGCCCCGGCGGCACAGUACGUGUUGGAAGCGUCGGGCGAUACGGAAAGGGAACAGCCCGUGACACACAAGUCAUAUCGCGUGUUCUUAAGUGAUGGAGAACUGCUUAUUCAAGCCCUGCUGAAGCGGGAGCUGCACUACUUUGUGUCCGUCGGCGAAGUCACUCCGGGUGCUGUGCUUGCAAUACAAAGUUUCGAAAUCAGAAGAGCACAAAGGAUCGCGGGCCCUGAUAACGAUGAGAGUGAUAAAGGAAAAGAGUCAGGCCUGGUGGCUUUCCUCGAUAUAAUACGGUUCUGUGUAAUAGAUACUGGAGAUCAAUUGGACAAGCGGAGGUACGAGGCGGUUGAAAGGGGUGUACCGAUUGUGAAAACGGUGACAGUAGUGGACAGGAAAAGACCCCUAGAUGAGCAGGAUGGCGAAUUGUUGGAAAUCAAGAAGACGAAGCGUUCGAAGCUCGAUUCGAAGCCAGACCUCGAGAUUGAACAAGUUGCACCACCGCCACUGAACGUCGAAACGGCACCUCCAGCUCGCGAUUCCUUUGAAGAUGUUCUUAGUGACGCAGAAAUGCUCGAUUCCAAUAGCCUUCUAGAAGUUGAGCGGGAACACUCCCUGCCCGGAGCUGGUACCAGAAGCCUGACCCCGAAAUCAAACGAAUCAACCCCCCAGUCUCCCCCCAUACCACGCCGCAGUACUCUUCCCGAACAAGCAUGGCCGACUGCCGCAAAUCCUCCACCCAAAGGGCCCCGGAAUCACUCCAGGGCUCUUUCUAUGACUCGGAAUCCCAACCUUCUUCCCAUCCACACCCUCUUCCACCCCCCUCGCCCCCUUCCAAGACGCAAUUACAUCGUCGACAUUUUCGGCGUCGUAUCUUGGAUCUCGCCCACGACUAUUGUUCGCCGCAACAUGCCUCCAAAACGGGAUCUACGCGUGGUCGAUGCAAGCUUCACCUCCCACCCGUACCGCAACCAGCAUCCCAACAAUGACAAGCUAGAACUUGGCAUUUCGGUGAGCGUGUUUGUCGAUGCGGAGCGAUUUCACCCGCCGAUAGGGACGGUGGCUUUGUUUCAAGCCUUGAAGACGCAUGAGUGGGAGGGUGUGAGUUUGAAUGCGUAUGAAAAGGAGUGUGGUGGGGGGAAGGAGUGGUUUGUUUGUGAUCAGCAGAAGUUGGAGGGCUCUGGGUAUGAUUUCGUGGGGAUGAGGAGUUGGUGGGAGCAGUGGAACAAGGCAAGAGAGAAGCAGGCUGAGGAGAAGAAACAAUCUGAAGAUAGAGGGACAAAGAAAACUCCCUGA